AUGGAAAGAGCUGUUCUACGAAGACACAGUGCUUACGGGCAGUAUAUCACGAUGACAUACGGAGUCUUCAUGCAGUUUGUGGGAGUUCUUCUCAUAUUGAAGUCGCUCUUGGUGAUACUAAUAGAAGAUACGUCGGACGCGACGAUAACUUCCCUGGCAGCGGAAUCGAAGCUACCGUUUCGCGUGGAAUAUGGUGAAAAAUUCGGCCGAUACCUGUACCCGAUGACGAUACACUGUUAUCUAGCCGUAUUCGCUCAUAUCAGUAUCACAAUCGCGGUCGACACCUUCUACAUUGCUCUAGUUUGGCACGCGUGCGGGAUGUUCGCGAUUGUCGGAAACACGCUGGAAUAUAUCGGCAAGGAUAGCGACAACAAUUUUGACCUGAAACCCGACAAAAUAGUCGAUGGCAAUUACAGCAAAGCUCUGGAAUGCUUACGCAAGCAUCUGCAUGUGAUACAAUUCGCGGAGCUGAUCGAGUCUACAUUCUCGAAUAUAUUCCUGGUCAGCGUUUGUUUGAACAUGAUUGGUGGCAGUAUGAUUGGUAUACAGGUGAUUUUGAAUUUGAACGACGCGAAGGAUAUUGUAGGUCCCCUCGCUAUCUAUAUCGGUCAACUCAUUCACCUCUUCCUGCAGUUCUGGUCGGCUCAACUUCUGUUAGAUUACAGUAUCGUUCCUUACCAAUCAAUUUGCAGGUCAAAUUGGUAUUACACUUCGAAGAGAUGUCGAAAACUCCUUUUCUUAAUCAUGAAUAGAAGCGUGUUACCAUGUAGAAUCACUGCUGGCAAGAUCGUAGCUUUAUCCAUUGAAAGCUUCGGUACGGUUCUGAAAACAUCGAUGUCUUAUUUCACGAUGAUGCGCUCCUUCAAUUGAUUAUACCAACAUCAUGCGUGUCAUCCAGCAGCUUGUUAAUUAAAUUUUAAAAUU